AACAAGAAGAUCCAUUACAGCAUCACUGGUCCAGGAGCAGAUCAGCCUCCCAUUAAUCUUUUCACCAUGGAAAGGAAUACUGGUAAUCUGUAUGUCACACAGGAACUGGACAGAGAGGAACAGGCGGAAUACAGGAUCUGGGCUCAUGCUGUGGCAGAGGGAAGUGCUGGAAAUGCAGAAGAUCCUAUGGAAAUAAUAAUCAAAGUGAUCGAUCAGAAUGACAAUAGCCCCGUCUUUAAUCAGUCUACCUAUGAGGCAGAGGUUCCUGAGGCCUCACCCAAAGGUUUCGAGGUGAUCCAAGUUGAGGCCACAGAUGCUGAUGAGCCAAAUAAUGACAACUCUGCCAUCCGUUAUCGGAUUAUGAGCAAGGAGCCUCAAGGACCCAGUCCAUCAGUGUUUGCAAUAGACCCAGUCACUGGUGUCAUCACAGUCAAUGCUGAAGCACUGGACAGAGGGAAACACCCCCAGUACACUCUGCUGGUAGAAGCGGCAGAUUUAGCAGGGGAGGGACUGGCUGCGCAAGCUAAAGUAUUGAUCACUGUGUCCGCAAAUGAUGAUAACCCUCCAGUCAUCUCUCAGCCUGCUGAUGCUGUGAAUCCAGAAGCUCCCGUCCUGCUUUUCCCCCAAUCUAGUGGAGGGCUGAAGAGGAGGAAGAGAGACUGGGUUAUCCCUCCAUUAAGUGUUUCUGAGAAUCACAGAGGACCAUAUCCUUAUAGGCUUAAUCAGAUACGCUCUAGUAAAGACAGCAGAAAGAAGAUCCAUUACAGCAUCACUGGUCCAGGAGCAGAUCAGCCUCCCAUUAAUCUUUUCACCAUGGACAGGAAGACUGGUAAUCUGUAUGUCACACAGGAACUGGACAGAGAGGAACAGGCGCAAUACAGGAUCUGGGCUCAUGCUGUGGCAGAGGGAAGUUCUGGAAAUGCAGAAGAGCCUAUGGAAAUGAUAAUCAAAGUGAUCGACCAGAAUGACAAUGUGCCAUAUUUUUAUCAUACUCUCUACGUGGCAGAAGUCUCUGAAAACUCACCAAAUGGUUUUGACAUUAUUCAGGUUUUGGCCACAGAUGCCGAUGAGCCUAAUAAUGACAACUCUGAUAUCCGCUACCGUAUUAUGGAACAGGUGCCAGCAGAACCAUCGCCUAACAUGUUUACUAUCAAUUCUGUUACUGGAGCCAUCAGAGUUAAUGUUGCUGCGCUGGACAGAGAGAUGUACCCUGAGUACACACUGAAAGUAAGCGCCACCGACUUAAAAGGAAAAGGCCAUACUGGCAUCAGCGAAGUGAUUAUCAAGGUGACGGACAGCAAUGAUCAUGCUCCAGUUUUUACCGAGGCAUCUUACACAGCAACAGUUGACGAGAAUAAAGUAGAUGCUGAAGUUGUUCGGAUGUUGGUGACAGACGGUGAUGAGCCACGUUCUUCCGCCUGGAAUGCAAAGUUCACAAUCGUUGAUGGAGAUCCUGGGAAUCUUUUCACCAUGAAAACAGGAAGUAACAAACACGAAGGAAUCAUUACUACUGCAAAGGGUCUGGAGUUUGAGAAAACCAGUAAGCACACUCUACUGGUUGCAGUGGAGAAUGAGAUUCCUUUUGCUACUGCAUUGCCCACUUCCACUGCCACAGUGGUGGUGACUGUGAGAGACGUCAAUGAUCCUCUGAUACUUCAAUCAAACCUAAAAACGUACAACAUCGUCAUUGACCAAGCCGACUGGUUGAACGCUGCAGAAGACACAGGCCUGAAUACGUUGAAAUGCUCCAUGCAGAAAGAUUCUGCAUUGGUCAGACACAGCAUACAACCAGUUGUUAUUGAUGCAGGCAACAAUGAUGACGUUCCGGUUAUUGCAACUGGAACUCUAGUCAUUCAAGCUCCAUUCAAGGUCCAGGUGAAAAUUUCCCAACAACGUUAGACUACACUCUCACAUGAGAAGCUCUUCUACUGUGGCUGAAAGCUAAAGAGGGGAAUAUGUUUAGCAGGGUCUUUGCUCUUCUGCAGCUACUUUAGCAAAAUUUCACAUCAGACUAAAAAAAGAAUGUUUGUCUAACCCAUAAAAGUUGGUUUAAAGAAAUGUAGCUUUAAAACAUAAAUAAAAGUUCUAACAACCAGCUACAGGCAGAACCGAAAGCUUAUUGUCCUUCAACAAAUGAACAUAUUGUGAAACAUUUCUCCCAAACACCAGACGUCUUUUAGAACAGUGGUUCCCAACCUUUUUUGACAUGUUUUCCCUUUUGGGCAUUUUGUAAUACCAUCAGUCAGUCAACAAUAUUGAUGAUUGUCCAAAAGGAAAAUGCACAAUAACUGAUUUUAAAAUAUUCCAAAAAAGUUAAAAAAAAAACAAUCCAUUGGACUUUGUUUCCAAGUUUGAAGUCAUUUCGCUUCCCAUCCAGGAAGCUUUUUCAAUUCAAAAUGUCAGAAAUAGUGUUGAGUUCUUGAGGCUUUAUACAGCAGCCCAACAAACAAGCCUUGUUUUGGCAUGCAAAUUGAAAUGGACGAACAAUGGACAAUAAAGAACAACAUAUGUAUGUGGCCUGCCAGUUAUAAUAAUAUAAUAGAAAUAAAUACAAAAUAAAUACCUAUUAUAAAUUCAGUUUAUUUCAAUGCUCUGUCCUUCUGACAAUGUAAUGUCAAUAAAUAAUAAAACAAAAUAACAACAAAAA